AUGGUCGUCCGCAUUCGCCUAUCCCGGUUCGGGAACAAACACCAGCCGUUUUAUAACAUUGUCGUCGCCCAAGCGAGAUCAGCCCGCAACUCAAAGCCCCUGGAGGUGAUCGGGACGCUGAACCCGGUGCCGCAACGACCCACGAAUCUAUCCGACGAGGAGGCCGCGCGCGCGAGAGCAUACAAGGAGAUCUCGCUUGAUCGGUCCCGAGCGAAGUACUGGCUUGGUGUGGGUGCGCAGCCGAGUGAUUCGGUUUGGCGGUUAUUGAACUUGGCUGGCCUUGUUCAACAGAAGCAGGAACCUCCCAAGUCAACAUGA